AAAAAGGGCUUUAAAGGAUCAUUUUCAGAGGCAGGAUCCUCUGCCAAGACGUUUGCAGUUUUGUCUGGAGUUCAUAGUUUGGUUGUCUGCAUUUUGAAGAGGAUUCGAGGAAAGGACGAUGUUAUUAAUGCUGGAGUAGCUGGAUGUUGCACAGGUCUUGCUCUCAGUUUUCCGGGUGCACCCCAGGCCCUUCUGCAGAGCUGCCUUACCUUUGGAGCAUUCUCAUUUAUCAUUGAAGGCCUUAAUAAGCAGCAGCCAGCUCUGGCACAUCCAUUCUCUGCAAGAACGAAAAGUCAGCGCCACGAUAUCCAUCCUCCAAUGGCACUUCCUCUCCAAUUUCCGCUCCCAAAUGAACUGAAAGGGGCUUUCUCCUCAUUCUGCAAGUCUUUACAGAAACGCGACAAGGGUGCCAUCCCCACAGCCCGCUGAGAAAUUAGUGGUCUUUAUGCGUUUCUUAUUUGUAUCCUUUUUUUUGUCUUCUUUUUUUUUUUUUUUUUUUUUUUUUUUU